AUGUAUCUUUUUAUUUACUUCUACAUCCUAAUGAGCUUUUUUGAAGGAGUGCAUGGUUUUUGUCCUUCACAAUGCACUUGUGUUUACCAUGGCAGAAGUGAUGGCACUGGAACAAGGUCUGUGCUCUGUAAUGAUCCUGACAUGUAUGAGAUCCCUGUAAAUGUUCCUGUGGAUACUGUAAAACUUCGUAUAGAGAAAACUGUCAUACGACGGAUUCCAACUGAAGCUUUUUACUACCUAGUAGAUCUCAAAUACCUGUGGGUUACUUACAACUGUGUAGCCAACAUUGAUAUCAGCAGCUUCUAUAACUUGAAACAACUGCAUGAGCUACGGCUGGAUGGUAAUCUGCUCUCCACUUUCCCUUGGGAAUCGCUGGCAGAGAUGCCCAACCUACGGACUCUUGAUUUACACAACAAUAAAGUGACCAGCAUUCCCGCUGAGGCUGGCCAGUACCUGAGAAACCUCACCUACCUGGACAUAUCCAGCAACAAGCUAACCACCUUGCCCUCAGACUUGAUGGACAUUUGGCCCCCUUUCUCAGAAGCUGUCCUGUCCAAGAACACAGACAUUCUGGCGACCCAGAGAGUCAUUUUGGGUUUGCAGGACAACCCAUGGUUUUGUGACUGUCGCAUUUCAAAACUAAUUGAAUUUUCCAAAAUUGUGGACAACUCAGUUGUACUUCUUGAUCCAUUGGUUUCAUGUAGUGGACCUGAGAGCCUGGCAGGAAUCUUGUUCCAGAAGGCUGAGCUAGAGCAGUGUCUUAAACCAUCCGUGAUGACGUCGGCGACAAAAAUCACUUCCCCGCUGGGAAGCAACGUUCUGCUACGCUGCGAUGCGACCGGCUACCCAACACCGCAGCUUACUUGGACUAGGUCAGACAAUAUACCAGUGAACUAUACAGUAAUUCAAGAAACACCUGGAGAGGGUGUCAGAUGGUCCAUAAUAAGCUUGACAGGGAUUUCAUACAAGGACGCAGGAGAAUACAGAUGUAAAGCCAAGAACUUGGCAGGAAUGUCAGAAGCUGCUGUUACUGUCACAGUGGUUGGUGUAGUUACUACAACUGUGUCACCACAGAAGUAUGGAAGGAAGCAAGAGGCAGAGAGACAGAAUACCACUCAGAAGGAAUCCAAGCAGGAACCUGAGAGGACAACCACACCUCUUCCCUCCACCACACCAACCACCGCAGCACUGGUUAGCACUGAAAGAUCAACGAGCAUCAGGUUUACUGCCAAGAAGCAAUCCAGGCCCGAGACAAAGCAGACCGGGGAGAUAAGCAAGAAAGGUGAGGAGACUUCAUUGAAUACAGCAGGUAUGGCUGAGCAAAAUGUUACUAUAAAGAACCUAAGAGUGAUCAGUGAAACUGAUGAAAGAGUGACCUUAACUUGGAAAACUGUCAAUGCCACAAGCAACUCUGCAGUGACUGUGUUAUACUCAAAGUAUGGUGAGAAAGAUAUGUUGCCUCUGAGCACUGAUUCUAGCAAAAACAAAGUCACAAUUGAUGGUUUGCAACCUAGUACUCAAUAUAUGGCAUGUGUCUCACCCAAAGGAGUGCCACCUACAAAAGAGCAGUGCAUUAUUUUCUCCACUGAUACGUUGAAUGAUGAAAGCAGCUCUCAGUUUUCUAUUCUGAUAUUGGCCAGCAGUGCAGCAUGUGUGUUUGUUUUACCUUUGAUAUUUUUCUUACUCUACAAAGUUUUAAAACUUCGUGUGAAACCCAAAACUGCAAAGGAAGCUGACCUUGCAAAAGAGACCUAUGUAAAAUUUGAAACACUAUCUCUGAAGCCUCGAACAGUGAAUGCGGGAGAGCAGCUCUGGGCACGAAGGUACACAGAUGAGUCGGAAAGACUUCUCCUUUGUUCUAGGUCAAGCAUGGAUUCUCAAAUGACCUUCAAAAGCGAGGGCUCUAGGUCUGAGUAUCUGUGUUGA